AUGGAUCCUCUUCCUGAUCUACCUGAAGAGACUGAUAAAAUCUUCUGCAGCAAAUGCGUGAAAUUCUACGGCGUUGAUGAAUUCAAGUUUAACAAGGACGGGAAGCCACAAAGAACUUGCAAGCGCCAUGGUCGAAAACGCGCGUUGGAGCUCGAUGACUGGGACAGUUUCACCCGGCUUCUCCGAAAUUGGAAUAAAUUGGCAAACCAAAUACUCGAAGGGAGCUAUAUUUUUGAUUUGGAUACUCUACCUGUUAAUUUCGGCUCCCUGCGUGCGCUUGAAGUUGCAAAUGGCGAUGGAGAUGACAUCGACCGUAACACGCUUCUGCGAUCCGAAGUGAACGCGGCGAUGCACGACCUGGGUGUAGUGAUUUGGAAGGCGGGUGGGUUUCGUUUCCGCCACACGGGAACCAAUUUCCAAAGUUUCACGUACAAAUACCACUGCUCCCAAGACCUGAUGCACGUUAAAAACUAUCAGUCUACGGUGGAGGAAGAGAAGCAGCGGGAUGGCCGACGAAUGGCGCGGUUUCCUUGCCAAAGCAAGCUCAAUAUACGGCCGUGUUUACAGAGCCGAACGCUAUCUCUAUCGAUCUGUCAUCAAUGGCACAUACCCUAUGAAGACAUCGAACUGUCACCAGUUGUGCAAGAAGUGAUCAAUUCGCUUGUAUCCACCAAAACUCCGUCCGAAAUAUACCGUGAGAUUCGACAGAUUCCAGAAGGAAAACCGGUGACGAGGCAUCAAGUGUACUAUCUGUGGCAGAAAGCGAAUGCAGAGAUCUGGCAGCGAGACUUAGAUCCCUUCGUCUCGGCCACAAUGCUUCUUUCUGAAGACAGUCGCUAUCGUGAUCACCACGCAGUCUUCACGGCGGGAAACCUGAGGGCAUUAGGGUUCUUCGCCUCUGAAACCAUUGAAAAGUUGCGGGGAUCCGCCCCUCAAUUAGUGAUGGACUCCACGUUUGGAACCAACAGUGGUGGUAUGGACCUAUUUGCGGUAUUGGCCGAAGUUGAAGGUACUGGAGCCAACCCAGCACAGAAGAAACCCAUCCGUGCGGACCCUGGAGCGACGACAUACAUUCUUCAGCAAUUUCUUGAACGACUGAAAAAUUUCGGGUUCAAUCCAAGAUGCGUAGCGAUUGACAAGGACUCAUCAGAAAUUGCCGCAGUCACGGCAGUGUGGUCUGGGGUAAAAGUUCAACUUUGCUACUGGCAUGUGAAACGGGCUUCCUCGACGACUUUGCAUCGCGAAUGUGCGGCCGAGAUGCAUACGUGGUGUAAGGAACGGGGAUAUUACCGUCUUUGGGCUUAUCUGUAUAUCAACUGGUACUGUCCCGAACAGUGGAAGCUGUGGGCACGGGCCGCCGAUCCUACUGAUAUCCCAGUGGUGAAAACAACAAUGAUUGUUGAGUCACACUGGCGAACGCUAAAGCACGACUAUCUUCAUCGAUUCAAUCGGCCGCGGGUUGACCUGGUGGUGUGGGUCUUGACGUCGCGAGUUCUCCCGGAUGCCGUCCAUCGAAUGAAAGCUAUUUCCAGUGGGCAGUUUCGCAUAUUCAAAGCUCGAUGGAGAGAUGCCUUCAAGAAGCAGUGGCGUAAGGAAGCCUGUAAAACCGUGGAUCCGGACAAAUUAAAAAAGAAUACCACACGAAUCCAGUUAACUGGGUCUGUGCUUGCAAAUCCUUCCUCCACAGUCGCUUCCUUAUAUGCAAAACACAUCGUCUAUUGCUUUGAGUUACCCAGUCCAGACUGUUUUGAAACUGUUAGUCGCCAGACAGUCUAUCCUUUCUGGAAAGAUGAACAAUUGAUUUUGCGACCUGAGUAUGCGCCGAGGGAGGGACUCCGCACUCGAAAACUGCAUGGAAUCGUUGAAAUGCAAGACAGCACCCUAUCAUCCCUACUAUACUCUUCAGAAAGCGAGUCAGAGCAGGAUGAGGAUGGAGAUGAUGACCAGGAGGCUGUGCCCAUGGAAAUCCUCGUCGCAGAAUUCAGAGAAGUGAUGCAAAAUGCGAUGAAUCUUUUUGAGGAUCAAGUAGCAAAGGGAAAUGAAAAGUUUGUGGAGAGAUUUAUAGCUUCUAACCAAAUGAAUCGUAUCUUGGUGGAAGAAGUUAAGCGCCGUCGUAAUAUGCGAAGCAUGCCACGGACUUGGGGAGAUGUAAACAUCCAGCAACGAUGUAUUUCAAAUAAAUUGUUAAAUUGCGGGAAUUUUUAA